AUGAAAUCGAGAUUUGAGGAUGGAGCUGCAAAGAAAAGAAAGAAGAAAAGAGAAGAAGAAUUAACAAAAUCUCUAGCCAAUUCUAUGUUCAGGUAUUUGAAAAAACCAAAAUCUCACAGUGACAUAACAGCUGAUGAACAUUGUGAAACUUCUAAGCAAGGAGAACUUAAUGAGGUUAGAAUCCAUAGUGAAGAGCAAGAAGCAAAUAAUAAUAGGGUUGAGAAAGAUGAUGAGGAUGUUGUUGGUAAUCAUGGAGAUAGUGUGCCUUUCAACGAGGAUUCUUUGGAUCCUGCAAAUUGGGGAAAAAUUGAUCAAAUGUUGAGAGAUUUAUUGGUUGGAAAAGGUCCUCUAGCACGACCGUAUGAGGAUUAUAAGUUUCCCAAAAAUGUCAAUGGUAGACAUUUUUCUCAUAAACUCUACAAAAGGCCAAUGAAGAACGGUGAUAAACAAGAUAGACGUUGGCUAAUCUAUUCAAAAAAGUCAGAGAAAAUCUAUUGUUUCUGUUGCAAGCUGUUUGCAGGGGAAAAGGAUACUUCUCAAUUGGCAAAAACAGGAUUCAUGGAUUGGAACAAUGUUGCAGGAAGGCUUGGUCAACAUGAACGUAGUCAUGGUCACCUUGUGUGCAUGAGCCAAUGGAUGGAAUUGGAGUUGAGAUUGAAAAAGGAUAUAACAAUUGAUAAGUCUGUCCAAGAAGAAAUCAAGAAAGAGAAAAAUCAUUGGCGAGAAGUUUUAUUGAGAUUAUUUGCACUAGUGAAGACUUUGGCUAAAUGCAAUAUAGCUUUCCGUGGAAGCAAUGAUAAGAUUGGUGAGAACAACAAUGGGAAUUUUCUUAGCUUUAUUGAAAUGUUUGGAGUUUUUGAUCCAGUGAUCAGGGAGCACAUCAGACGUAUCAAAGAGAAGAAAACUCAAUACCAUUAUCUCAGUCACAAAAUUCAGAAUGAAUUGAUAGCAAUGUUGGGAUCAGAGAUGAAGCUUAUGAUCAUUAAGAAGAUUCAAGAGGCAAAAUAUUUUUCAGUUAUUCUGGAUUGUACUCCCGAUAUUAGUCACAAAGAGCAAAUGUCUCUUAUCAUUCGAUGUGUGGAUGUUUCUAUGGAUUUAGCUCAGGUAUCAGAAUAUUUCAUUCACUUUUUGGAGGUUGGUGAUAAAUCAGGAAAAGGGUUGUUUGAUCUACUUUGUGAUACAUUGGCUGAUCUUAACUUGGACAUUGAUGAUGUCCGAGGACAAGGCUACGACAAUGGCUCAAAUAUGAAGGGGAAGCAUAAAGGAGUACAAAAAAGAAUGCUUGAUGUGAAUCCAAGAGCAUUUUAUACGCCAUGUGGUUGUCAUAAUCUGAAUUUGGCACUUUGUGAUAUGGCUAAGUCAUCUACUAAAGCGAUUGAUUUUUUUGGGAUCAUCCAACGUUUAUAUACAUUGUUCUCGCCUUCUACUACUAGGUGGGAUAUAUACAAGAAAAUGGUAGGAGGUCCUACACUUAAACCCUUAUCAGAUACUCGUUGGGAAAGUCAUCUUGAGAGCGUUAAAGCUAUACGUUUUCAAGCUCCUGAAAUCCGUGAUGCUCUGUUUUUCUUGGUUGAAAACACAGAAGAUCCUAAAACUCGGAGUGAGGCUGAGUGUCUUGCGAUAAGUGAAACUCACGGAAUUGGAGGAUUUGAGUUUUUGUUUAGUAUUGUUAUAUGGUAUGAUAUUUUGGCUGCCGUGAAUACUGUGAGCAAGACUUUGCAAAGUGAAGAUAUAGAUAUUGAUGCAGAGAUUACACAACUAAAAGGGUUAGUCUCUUUUUUUCAAAAGUAUAGAGAAACGGGUUUUGAAGCAGCAAAAGUUGAAGCCACAAAAAUUGCUGUUGAGAUGGAUAUCGAACCCAUCUUUCAUGUUAAAAGGAAGCGCCCUAUUAAAAAGAAAACCCAUUUUGAUGAAGAGCCAAGACAAGUUGAUGAUGAAAGUGUGGUUCUGAGCGAAGAGGGGAAGUUUAGAAUCGAGUAUUUCAUCAAAAUCAUGGAUCAAGCUCUAGUUUCUCUUCAAACAAGGUUAGACCAAUUUCAAGAGUAUGAGAAAACGUUUGGUUUCUUGUUUGAUCUGAGAAAACUCAAUUCAGCAACUGAUGAUAGCUUAAAGGAAUCAUGUAUCAAUCUUGAAGCUUCUCUUAAGCAUGGAGAACGUUCAGAUAUUGAUGGGAUUGAUUUAUUCUUUGAAAUCAAGGUCUUUCGAGAAGUUCUACCAGAAAAUGUCAAAAGGACUGCUGAGGUAUUAGAAUUUUUGAGAAGGUUGAAAGACUGUUAUCCAAAUACAUGGAUUGCUUAUAGAAUUAUGCUUACAAUCCCGGUUUCAGUGGCCUCUGCAGAGCGAAGCUUUUCAAAGCUAAAGUUGAUCAAGUCUUACUUAAGAUCAACAAUGUCACAAGAUAGGUUGAAUGGUUUGGCUAUGUUAUCGAUUGAAAAAGACAUGAUCAAACACCUUGAUUAUGAGAAGUUGAUGAAUGACUUUGCAGAACGGAAAGCAACAAGGAGUAUCUUCAAGAAGAAGUUUAAAUAA